UUCACUUCCACACCCAUUCAGUUGUCAUGGCAUACGACUGCGAGAAGCACUGCAAGAAAAAGCGCAUUAAGCUCCUAACCCUAAUCGGCGCCGUCGUCGGUAUCUUAAUCUUCCUCCUCCUCCUCUGCAUCCUCAUAAUCUGGGCCGUCCUCCGCCCCACCAAGCCCACUUUCCUCCUCCAAGACGUCACCGUCUACGCCUUCAACGCCAGCGUCCCCAGUUUCCUGACCUCCAAUUUCCUCCUCACUAUCUCUUCCCGCAACCCCAACCGCCGCAUCGGAAUCUACUACGAAGACCUCCACGUGUCCGCCACUUACCGGAACCAACAGAUCACUCUCCACACGCUCAUCCCUCGGUUUUACCAAGGCCAUAAGGAAGUUAGCGUAUGGUCCCCUUUCGUCUCCGGCACCGCCGUCCCGGUUGCGCCCUUCAUCAGCACGGCACUGAAUCAGGAUCGUGACGUCGGAGCGCUGCCGUUGCUUGUCAGAAUUGAGGGGCGGGUCCGUUGGAAAGUUGGAAACUUUAUCAGUGGUCGGUAUCAGUUCCACGUGAACUGCCCGGUGGUGAUCAAGUUCGAUGGGUGUCCGCCGUCUGGAGACGGAUCCAUUGUUGAGUAUAACGUGAAGUACCAGGUGGUUCAGAGAUGCCACGUUAGUAUUUGAAUUUAGGGUAAAUGUGCUUUCGUGUUGGAAAAAUAAAUAUGUUUUAAUAAAUGAGAUUAGUGGUAAUGUGGGUUAA